AUGGGACCCGAAAGGACGCCUUAUAUAUUUGGGAGUGGGAACCCGAGGCAUCGUGCGCCUCCCCCUCGCACACCGUCUCUGGAUGCUAUAUCCACCUGCGACUCUCCUCUCCCCGGUAUGCUCCACGAAGGAUUGGUCCCUAGACCGGAAGUCAGAAGACGGGGGAUGUGUGGUGGAAAUACAGACACGCAAUCCCUCGUGUCGAUCCUGAAGAAUGCUCGACCGAAAGCUGAUCUUGAGCAUUCGAUCCAACUUCCAAUUGAGUUAUGGGAGAAGACGAUUGACUAUCUGGCAGACGACUGGAAGGAUGAGGUCAUGUACGAAGCUUGGAUGCGAGAGCUGGGGAGGGUGUGUCGGAGGUGGCAUGCCCGAUGCCUCUUUCGUGCCCAGGAGAGGAUUGAAGCAAAAAGGAUGGACAAGAAGCGGAUAUAUCGCCUCAUUGAUAGACUGGAUGAAGACCUAGAGCGACGCCGUAUCAUCAAGAUGGUUUCAAUCAGAUUCUGGAACAGGAGGGUCGAUGCCUUUGGGACGUUUGCUGCAUGUAUGGCGCAAAAGCUACCCCAGGUUGAACGCCUCGCCCUCCGGGAAUGUGAGUGGGCCGCUGGACAGCUGCACGCGCAGGUCUUCGUCCAUGUGAUUCUGGCAUUUGGGUCGGUCACUAUGCUCGAACUCUUCGAGGUGACAUUCCCUUCUGCCGUUGUGUUUAGGCAGCUUGUGCGUGCGCUCCCACUUCUCUCCUCUCUCACAUGUUGGAGUGUGGGCUUCGAGAAGCCUUGCGAUGGUGUGGGCCAAAUCUGGAAGCGGCUUCCUCUCCGACUCGACGCCGCCAAUCUCAAAGUCAGCGAUGACGUCGUCGACUUUCUCGCGUUGAUCGGCGCUCGUCUCUGCCAUCUCACCUGGCAUGACCACAACCUGGCAAAGUGUUCAAAGCUGCUCCUUGCGACUGCCGAGUUGCUCUCGUCCAUGUACAUUGAACUACCGUAUUAUGCCUCCAACGAAGCCUCCAUGAUUGACCUUACCCCAGCGGUCAGCCUACGUAUCUUGUCAUUCACUGUCGAGCUCGAGGAUUUGGCCAGAGCAGCACGGAUUUUAUCUCACGCGUCUCUUCCCAACCUGAUCGAGAUCGAGGCUAGACUCACAUCGACGUCUGGCGCAGCCACUUCGUCGUCAUUCAUCCAGGACGAGCUUGAUCGCGUCGACAAGGACUGCUAUGCACAGAUCGACCAGACACUCUCCGGUCACCAAUAUCUUGCCCUGAAAAAGUUUACUUUUCGGCUCCAGUGUGCAAUUUGGCGCAGCAAAGUGAUGAAGCGUGAUGAUUCGGUAUCCGGAUUUGACAUCGAGAUGCGUAACAGGGCGGACAGCGAGAUGGAUGCACUGGCCUCUAAGGCUAAUGUGCACCCUCAUGAGCAUUCGAUCCAGCUUCCAGUUGAAUUAUGGGAGAAUGUGAUCGACUAUUUGGCGGACUGCUGGGAGGUCGAGUAUUGGAACCCGGAGAUGCGCAAUCGCUUGCUGCUCGAGCUGGGGCGCGUGUGUCGGGUGUGGUAUGCCCGAUGCCGUCGUCGUAUCCUAGCGAGGCUGGAUGUGACAAGGAAGAAAAAAGAGGUGUAUCAACUGAUUAACACACUGAACCAGGACUCCCAGCGAUGCCGUGCCAUCGAGGCAAUCUCAUUCCAUUUUGGGAGGACGUCGGUCGAUAUGUUUGGGUCAUUUGCUGUGUGCAUGGCACAGAAACUGCCCCGAGUCGAGCGUCUCACAUUCUGGCACUGUGAGUGGGACACUGGACAGCUGCACGCGCAAGUCUUCGUCCACAUUACUCUCGCAUUUGAGUCGGUCAGGACGCUCGUGCUCGACGCAGUGCGAUUCCCUUCUGCGGUGGUGUUCGGGCGGCUUGUGCGCGCGCUCCCGCGAUUGUCGUCUCUCAAAUGCUGGAACGUGUUCUUCGAGAGGCAUGGCGAUGUUGCGAGUCGAAUAUGGGAAUUGCAUCCCCUCCGACUCGACGACGCCGAAAUGGUGGACAGCGAUGAUAUCGUUGACUUUCUCGUCUUGAUCGGCGCACGCCUCCGCCACCUGUUCUGGUGUACUAGGAGCUUGGACAAGUGCCAGGAGCUGCUCCCUGUGACCGCCGAAUCGCUCUCGUCCAUGCGCGUCGACUUAGUGCGUUUUUUCCCCACCGGAGGAUUUCCCCCAGACUUUCCAAUUGAUCUUACGCCAGCUGUCAACCUGCAUUCCCUUUCAAUCGCCUCCGACCUCGGAGACUUGAACAGAGUGGCAAUGAUAUUGUCCCGCGCGUUCCUUCCUAAACUGGCAGAGAUUACGAUUAUCUCAACGCUCCAUCAGACCGGGACAUUCUCUUCGUCGAUGAUCCAGAACAAGCUGGAUGAAGUCGACAAGGGCUCCUAUGCACUUCUUGACCAGGCUUUCUCUAGUCGUCAGUAUCCCGCUUUGAAAAAGGUCACCUUCAAGCUUCACUGUCAGACGCAGCGCAGCGAAGUGAUGGAGGUGAUAUCCGAGGUGUCCUGGGGGAGUCACUUUGCACCAAAUCUUCCUGCUCUACACAUCAGUGGACGACUUGCCAAUACUCACUCAUAUCCUAGGUCCUUUGUGUCUGUUGGAGUGAAGGAGCACACAUAA